GUAAGAUGGUGGCCGGUCUGGCAGCGGAGCGCGCAGAGCCUAGAGAUUACCCGUCUCUCAAAUAAAGGUCGUCGGUGGAGACCUCUAUCCCCGCUAUCAUCAAAAAGAACCAGGGCCCGAAAGAGUAUUGCCGCCCCCGCCACCAGACAGCCCGGUUGCUGUGGAACAGGGACGACGAGGUGGAUCUUUGAAUAUCUUCAUUUUUUUUCUGUGCUGAUCUUAUUACUCCCUUAAGUUAUUACAUACUUUUUGCUGCUCUGUGAGAAGAGAUGUCUCGCAGCCCAGAUGCAAAGGAAGACCCUGUCGAAUGCCCCCUUUGCAUGGAGCCUCUGGAGAUUGAUGACAUAAACUUCUUCCCUUGCACCUGUGGUUACCAGAUCUGUCGCUUCUGUUGGCAUCGUAUUCGCACAGAUGAGAAUGGACUUUGUCCUGCUUGUAGAAAGCCAUAUCCAGAAGAUCCAGCAGUAUACAAACCACUCUCCCAAGAAGAGCUGCAGAGGAUAAAAAACGAAAAGAAGCAGAAACAAAAUGAGAGAAAACAGAAGAUAUCAGAGAAUCGUAAGCAUCUGGCCAGUGUACGGGUUGUACAGAAGAAUCUUGUUUUUGUAGUAGGUUUAUCCCAGCGUCUAGCAGAUCCAGAGGUUUUGAAAAGGCCAGAAUAUUUUGGAAAAUUUGGUAAAAUACACAAAGUUGUAAUCAAUAACAGCACAUCAUACGCAGGCUCACAGGGUCCAAGUGCAAGUGCAUAUGUAACAUAUAUCCGGUCAGAAGAUGCACUCAGAGCUAUACAAUGCGUUAAUAAUGUGGUAGUAGAUGGAAGAACACUUAAGGCAUCUUUAGGAACCACAAAGUACUGCAGUUAUUUUCUGAAGAACAUGCAGUGUCCAAAGCCAGACUGUAUGUACCUACAUGAAUUAGGAGAUGAAGCAGCCAGUUUCACAAAAGAAGAAAUGCAGGCUGGCAAGCAUCAAGAAUAUGAACAGAAGUUACUCCAAGAACUAUACAAAUUAAACCCCAACUUUCUCCAGUUGUCCACAAGUGUAGUUGACAAGAACAAAAACAAAGUGACUUCUCUACAGAGGUAUGAUGUACCCAACAGUAAUAACAAAGAUGCCUGGCCAUCAUUACAGAGUUCAAGUAAAUCAGUCAACGGCUUAACAAUGGAACACAGGAAAACGCCUCCUAUUUUAGAAAAUGGUACAGACCCAGAACACAUGACUCCAGAUGGUCCAGAUUCAGAUUUCGGCUCUAUUGACAAGCCAUCAGAUUCUCUCAGUAUAGGAAAUUGUGACAACUUACAACAGAUAUCAAAUAGCGACACACCAUCACCACCUCCUGGUUUAUCAAAAUCCAAUUCAGUCAUCCCAAUCAAUUCAUCCAAUCACAGUGCACGUUCUCCAUUUGAAGGAGCUGUAACAGAGUCACAGUCCCUCUUCUCAGACAACUUUCGGCAUCCCAACCCAAUUCCAAGUGGACUCCCACCAUUUCCCAGCUCCCCACAGACGUCCAGUGACUGGCCCAUGGCACCAGAACCACAGAGUCUCUUCACAUCAGAAACCAUCCCAGUAUCCUCCUCUACAGACUGGCAGGCAGCAUUUGGAUUUGGUUCAUCCAAGCAGCAAGAAGAUGACUUGGGAUUUGAUCCCUUUGAUAUCACCCGCAAAGCCUUAGCAGACCUGAUUGAGAAGGAACUGUCAGUUCAAGAUCAACCGUCUCUCUCACCAACAUCUCUUCAGAAUCCUUCCUCACACACUACAACUGCCAAAGGGUCAGGAUCUGGAUUUCUGCAUCCUGCUACACCCGCAAAUGCCAAUUCUCUCAAUAGCACAUUUUCCGUCUUGCCACAGAGGUUCCCACAAUUUCAACAGCAUCGAGCAGUUUAUAAUUCCUUCAGUUUUCCAGGCCAAGCAACUCGCUAUCCUUGGAUGGCCUUCCCUCGCAAUAACAUCAUGCACUUGAACCACACAGCAAAUCCCUCUUCAAAUAGUAAUUUCUUGGACUUAAAUCUCCCACCUCAACACAGCACAGGUCUAGGAGGGAUUCCCAUAGCAGACAACAACAGUUCUGUAGAGAGUUUAAAUAUGAAGGAAUGGCAGGACGGGCUAAGGGCACUUCUACCGAACAUUAACAUCAACUUUGGUGGACUGCCCAAUGCUACUUCCCCCUCCAACGCCAACCACAGUGUACCAACGUCCAACACUGCCACAACCGACAGCCUGAAUUGGGACAGCCCUGGGAGCUGGAUGGACCCCGCAAUCAUCACAGGUAUCCCAGCCUCCACUGGAAACAGUUUAGACUCUCUUCAAGACGACAAUCCACCGCAUUGGCUAAAGUCUCUUCAGGCUCUCACAGAGAUGGAUGGCCCCAGUGCUGCCCCAACACAGACCCCCCACAGUAACCCCUUCAGUACACAAAUUCCAUUGCACAGAGCCAGUUGGAACCCCUAUUCCCCUCCUUCAAACCCUGCCAGUUUCCACUCUCCUCCCCCAGGCUUUCAGACAGCUUUCAGACCCCCCAGUAAACCCCCCACAGAUUUACUACAGAGCUCAGCGUUGGAUCGUCAUUAGGAAAAGUACAAAAACAUUAGAAAUGCAGGAAUUGCUCCUCCCAAACUUCCUGUACCCACCUAUGGCCCCUCUUUCAUAUUUUUCUUUCUGAAGAAUCUGGUUCCUGGUCAAAAAUCUUUCCCAACCAGCUUCCAAAUGCAAUGCAAUCACAGGGUCAUAACUAU